AAGGAACGUGUGAAAAAGAAACAGAAAACAAGACUUCUUUAUAUUUUUAUUUAUGUGUUGAAAUAUAUUAUUUGUAAUAUUUAAUCAGUAUUGUACAUACAUUUAUAUUACAGCCCAAAACAUGUCCAAUAAAUUCGAAACUAUUUGCAGGUUAAAGGCUAAUGAAGAAAGUGGAGAUGAUGAAAUACAAUCAAAAGAUAAUCAAAAAGUUGAAAAAGAUUCGCUACCUCCCAUAGAAAUUAGUCCAAAUGAGCACAAAUUGCAGUAUGCAUAUGCUUUAUGGUACAGUCGACGUACUCCUGGUAUACAACCAAGUAUACAAAGUUAUGACCAAAAUUUAAAAUUAGUCGGUAGGUUUGCAAGUGUGGAACAAUUUUGGAGUCUCUACAGUCACUUAGUCCGACCAUCAGAAUUAACAACACAUACAGAUUUUCAUCUUUUCAAAGUUGGCAUAAAACCAAUGUGGGAAGAUGAAGCAAACCAGAAAGGCGGAAAAUGGAUAGUAAGACUACGAAAAGGUUUAGUGUCUAGGUGUUGGGAGAACCUUAUUUUAGCUAUGUUAGGUGAACAAUUCAUGGUUGGAGAAGAAAUAUGUGGAGCUGUUGUAUCUAUAAGGUUUCAAGAAGAUAUAAUAUGUGUAUGGAAUAAGACUGCAUCUGAUUAUGCAACAACAGCACGUAUUAGGGAUACACUAAGGAGAGUACUGCAUCUUCCAGCAAGUGCCUCAAUGGAAUAUAAAACUCACAAUGAAAGUUUGAAGAACGUUCAUCGGCUCUAAUUUGUCAUGACGCAAACUUAGAAGUUUGAGUUUUUCAUGGACGAAUUUCUAGGUACUUAAAAUUCGAAGCCCAUUUUGGAUAAGAUAUUUAUACAUUUUUACACGAGAUCAUCAUGUUUCUUUAGAAUGUGUACAUAAUUAUAAGGUAUUUUGUACAUAAUGCGUUUAAACAUCAAACAUUUUAACUAAAACGAAGUACUAGUUUGGAUGUAAACAUUUUUUAUCAUUAUAUUUUAAUUUGUAAGAUCUAAAAAAAGUGAUUUUUCUUCAAUUGUAAUAUACGUAGAAAUUUAUUUAACGCGUACAUAAGGCUAUAAAGCGCGAACUUGAAGAAAAAUGUAUAACUCCGUAUAUAUUAAAAGAAUAAAAAAUUUUAUAUCUGUCAAUAAAUAUUAGCAUUAUCCAUAA